CAACAGAUGCAAUGGAUUGGCUAACUUACAGAGCAGCUGCUGUGCUGUUCAUUUUAACGGUAAGAAUGGAUUUUAAGAGAAUUGUUUUCAAACCCAAUGUUACUUUUCAAGUUCUUGUGCUGGCGAUGCUGGUAAUUCUCUGUGCUUUGGUUAUUCCUGCAUUGUAAAUCGGAAGUGAAGACUGGUGAAGGGGAGAGGAAGACUUCUGUUACAAUUCUGUAUUAACUUGCUAGGGAGUAAAUCCAAUGACCGAGUUUACUUCUGAGCAAACGAUCAUGGGAUUGCCCAGGAACAAAACCACCCAUCUACUCUAAAUAUAAUUAAAUCCAUUUAUUUCGAUGUUUAAUAUCCAAAACAGAGAGCCAGAUACUACUGGGAGAGGGCUCGCUGCACAUUGUAAUCAAUGGACGUGUUAGUCAAGGGUCUAGUUCAAGUAUGACUUACCAUAGUUGAAAGCCACUCUAUAUAACGAGCAAUCCCUUGUUAUCUGUUUUUGCUAGUAUGCUUUCUAGCAAAAAAGUGGAAACAUUUGGACAAACUCUUUCAAUCUUUAUCUAGGCGUAUAUUGUUUUUCCUGUACUGCAUGAAGAUUGUAUAGUUUGCUGUUUAUUAUUAGGAUUUGAUGCUCAAAUCCCUCGGAGUUAAGAUUUCUCCAGUCUGUCACUGAAAACCUGCUUCUAGAUACAUGUGCAAACAGGAAAAUUCGUCAGCAUGGUACUUCUUUAUGUAAGAGCUUUGGGCUGCGUUGGUUUUUCUUAUACACGGGAAAGUGCUAUCUGUGGAAGAAACGACAUUUAGGCAUGUUGAAGCAAUCAAAUGUUGAGAGAUUGUAGGGACAGAACUUGGUGGCCUUGGAGGCCUUCCUGCAUAGUCCAUAUUGUCAUGUAACUCCAUUUAUCGUAAUUUGUAUUGCUUUUUCUUGCACUUAGAAUGGUUGCAAGCAGGGGGGGGUUCAGCUGGAACUUGCUGGAACUCAAUUCCGGCACCUCUCAGAUGGGCACCAUUGUCAUUCUAAGUGAAUGAUGGAGGUGUUCAUGAAGAGUUGUGGCACAAAAAUGACACUAGUUUCAAGUGACCAUAUAAUCUUAAGAAUGCUACAGUAUUCUUUGCAAUCUGUUCUUAAAUAGGAUUUCUUCAGACCAAAUGUAAAUUUGCACAUUCCCCCCACCACCAUCUUUCCUACUGGUAAUGUAUCAAAAUUUUCUAAGAUGAUGUGGCAGAGCGAAACUCUGCAGUUCAUUGCUCAAAGGAAAGAAGCAAUGCCCAAUUAACAAUUUCACACUUGAUAAAUUAGAACUAAUCAAUGAAGUCAGCUGCCAAGUGAAUAACUUAAGGGUUGGCAAAAAGCAAAGCAGUAAAUCGGUUCCUACAUGUUUGGUUCAACAUUCAGGUCUCUUCAAAGCCUGGAAUGUUGCUUGCUCUUAAAAAUUAGACUGGGCCAUUGAUACAUCUUUUUCAUUAUUAUCUGUAGACCAAGACCCAAUAAUUAAAUUGUAUGCAUUUCUUAAGGCUGGGGUUUAAGUACAGAGAUUUAUAUGUUAGGUGUGCCCUCUGACAUUUAUUUGGGAAGAGUGUCUCUUUUAGCAUAUGAAACAGGUCUGUUUUUAGCCGUCUUUUGACAAAGCUGAGAAAAUGUCUAUAAACAGGGGUGUCGUCUGUAGAGGCCUUCAUCCAAAUAACUGUGCAACUACUCCAAUGAACCCAAUGGGGUGUGGGUCUUUUAAAGUGAAUGGGGUUUUCCUUUGAAGUUUGUAACUUUGCAUUGCCUGGGUGUGGAGGGGAGAAAGGCCAGUAAUCUUACCGGCAUUUCCCAAGCUCUUCGGCAUAUCCAAGUCUUUGUUUGAGAGCAUGAUCACUGAGGGGACUUCACAGGCAGAAGUAAGAGGAAUCGCUUCAUAAUUUGGAGUUUCCCAAACCACAGAAUCUCUCCUUCUUUCUCUCUCUCUCUCUCUCUCUCUCACACACACACACACACACACACACAAUGUCUAUUAUGAUAUGCAUGUGAACCAGUGCUAAUAUUCUAGAUAACAGAAGAACAGAAAAAUCAAAAGUUAAAACUAGCAAUUUUAUUUUGAAACAAAUGUUCUGGUCUGGGAGGGAGUCAGUAUAUAUUUCCCCAUCUGAUCUGAAUUUUCAACACCUGCUUGAUCCAAAGAAUACUCACUGCAAAAUACUGAUUUUUCUGUUUGGGCUGUGUUCAUAGUACUUGUACAGGCUUGCUUCAUGGAGGCAGUGCAUUUUUUCUUUACCACCUGCCUGAUGAAAACUAGUUUAUGCCAUCUCCACUUGGCCAAUUCUCUUGUUCAUUUUUUCACCCAGACACCUUCAUUUUCCCUUCCAAUUAUUAAAAUAAAAAGCUAGAUUACCUGUAUGUAUUUUUAAUGAAGUGUCACAGCAAACUGAGACUAAGUAAUGUUAUCCAGGAUGAGGCAUAGCAUACCGGUUUGUGAUGACAAUCCAGUACAGUGGUACCUCGGGUUACAUACACUUCAGGUUACAUUCGCUUCAGGUUACAGACUCUGCUGACCCAGAAAUAGUGCUUCAGGUUAAGAACUUUGCUUCAGGCUGAGAACAGAAAUCGUGCUCUGACACUGCGGCGGCAGCAGGAGGCCCCAUUAGCAAAAGUGGUGCUUCAGGUUAAGAACAGUUUCAGGUUAAGAGUGGACCUCCGGAACGAAUUAAGUGCUUAACCUGAGGUACCACUGUAUUGAGAUUUCAGCAUGUUUAAGCCUUUUGAAAGAUAGUCUGGAUGUUGACCUGAAUGGCUACAGUCUAGUGCAUGCUCAGAGCUCAGUUACAAGAUCACUUGGCACAUGGGUGGUGUGUCAUGCACCAAAAAAAUGGGUUAUUUAAUGAUGCCACCACAAACCUUCCUAUUGUGAGCUGAACUUCUGGAAUGUGAUCAGAGGCCAAUUUGUUUAAGGACUCAAUUAUCCUUAGGGACCCUGCAUAUUCCCUAUACUGCAGCCCAAGAAAAGUACAAUUUAUCUAUUAAGCAAUAAUAUAGAUUCUUCCCAUUCACUCUGAAUAAAAGUCAUCCUAGGUUUCCAAAGCUGACUAUUUGCUACAUCCAUUAGCUCAAAGGGAUGGUGCUGGCUUUCUACAUAAUUAGAAACAAGUGUCACAUAUAUGGACUUGUUACCUAAACUUGGAGGAAAAACAAAUUUGAAAAUUGUUGGCAAAUUUAUUUCUGGAAUUCAGGAUUUGGCCCAUAAUUCUGCAGGUAUCCUUGAAAUACAAUUAUCUUUCUUAAUUAAAAAACAAAACAAAGAAGCUAUUAACAUUCAUGAAUGCAAUGACUUAGCUUGGAUUUAAACAUCAACUUUUUAAAAAAGAAACAAUACUUGAAGACAGAUACCAGGUACCUAGAUAUUUAGGCCUGAAUCAUGAAUGCAGUUACAUGGAUGCACAUCCUGUUUGAGUUUUUGAUUUCUGUGGGAUUUCUAACCAUAUAAUGGUGUUUAGGCUUGGAGACGCCAUCUGCCAGGAUUUCGACUGCAAAGUUACAGAACUUUGGAAAUAAAUGUAAUAAAAGGAAAGAUCUAAUCUUCUUCAGUGGGAGUUUUGGCGCAGGAAUAAAAUGCAUAGUCCAAAAUGCUGACACAACUGCACACUACAAUGGCACAAAGAUGACUAAUAGUAUAAUGCGCUUGAAUACUCAGCCCUGUUCACAGCAAUACCCUGUCUGACUUCAAAGAGACAGGCUCAACUCCUAAAAAGAACAGCACUGGGAAAGAGAACAGAUCAGGAAUUAAGGGCAUGUUCAGUCACUUGGAUUCAAGUAGGUGGAGCAGGGAGUAUGCCAUAAUUGCAUAUAAUAUUGCCUUGGCACUGAUAGUAGUUAAUUAAUUCAUGUUUGUAAAUGGCUUUGAAGUAGAAGUUGUGGAGCAGCAUAUUAAAGUAAUGGAACGCUGAAGCUGAUCUCUUUUGCAGUCUUGCAAAUCUGAAAUAACUACUCAGACUUUGGGAAUCUGGGUUCAAACAUUUAAAACAUUCAAUUUUUUUUCAAUGCAACAACACAUGGACUAAUACAUGUUUACUUGGAAGUAAGUCAUUCUGAGUCCAACUGGGGUUACUCCCGAUUAAGCGUGUUUAGGAUUUCUGCUUCAAGCAUCGGAAGAUCAAUAACUUCAGAAAUCCUGUCUGAACAGUGGAAUAAAUCACUGUACUAGAGAGAGUUGAACAACACCCACAAAGGAAUGCACAUGCUGAUUUAACUUCCAUCCACUGAAAUGUAUGGGAAACUUUUAGAGGCAGGCAGGAAUCUGCAUGCAUCUUGGAAACUCUUGACUGUAUUAAUGAGUGCUGGUUUCUGGAGUGUCCACUUGCCUUUCUCAAAAUUCACAUGAGCAUCUUGAAUUUACCACUGUCCUUGUUGGCAUGAGAAAUUUUGCAUCAAAGCAAAUGCAGCAAAAGACUUAUUUCUUGGCCUGGUGCACAUAAUGUAAUAUGCCACAAUAAAUCACCCCCCACAUUGAGUAAAAGUAUCAAAUAUUAAGUUCAGAUCAAGGAACAUUUCUCCCACACCAUGCUGCUGUAUAUUGCAACCAACUAUGCCCUUGAUUGAUGGCUCACUAAUGACCUUUGGUGCAUUGGUGAAUGUUGUGCUAGGAUUGGGGAGACCUGGACUCAAAUUCUCAAAGAGCCAUGAAGCUUACUGGGUGAUUUGGGGCCAGCCAGUAUAUAUCUUACCUUAACCUACUUUGCAGGCUUGUUGUGAGUAUAAAAUGGAGGGAGAACCAUGUUGACUCUCUUCAGCUCCUUGGGGGAAGGUGGGAUAUACACAUAAAAAUUAAAUAUUAGUAAUUACAUACAUACAUACAUGCAUACAUACAUACAUACAUACAAUCAUUCAUCCCUCAAUGAUGAGAGACCUACAAUGGUCCUAAGUAAAAAGAGAAGAUAGUUCCACUACAUGGACAAUGUUCAUGAGACGUUUUUGGGUUUGUUUUUUUAAUAUAUACAUUCUUCUCCUUUUCAGAAGCAGAACCUACAGGAAACAAUCUACUUCCCUUUUUGUAAAAGAAGAAAUAAGCACAUAUAUGUUUCCCCAAAUUAGUUCUUAGCUAAGAUAGCAAAAUAAUGCAUACUCAUGAGUUGCAGUUAGUGUGUCUCUGUUGAAAAUGGGCAAAAAUACCAUUAGCAAGAUCUCCUAUGCAAACCCCACCAAAAUCCAUGAAAACAUUAUGAUGCUUUCAUAUGAAGCUCCCAUGCCUCUCAAAGGAAUUUGUGCAGGAAAAGUUCUUGGUGGAUUGUUCUCUUCAUUAUUUGAGUUAUCCCAGUCCAGUGGCUUUUUACUAUAAACUUGCAGUGAUGUAACUGUAAUUCAUAGAUUUAAGAAUGAACUGUAAUUCAUAGAUUUAUAUUAUAGACAGUCUUAACACUAUGUGCUAGUUCCAUUGAGCUUUCUACCAGAAUAUUUCCAUUAGAAAGUAACACUCAACAGGACUAGUAAGAAUGUUUCAUUCCAAGAGACACAUACAGUAUGGAUGGGGUAAAUCAUGUGAGUCUCUAACAGCAGUUGUACCAAUUCUAACGAUGACUUCAGAUAACUCCUACACUUGUACAGGAAAACCAAUGAAUGUCUAACAGGGGGCAUAUCUGUGGAAUGGAUGAUUUGGAAUGCACUUUGAUGUGCAUCAGAUCUGUGAAGACCAUGAUUAUUUGGCAUUCAUUUGCACUGCACUUAAGGCCUUUUCACAAUUUCAGUCCACAGUAGCCAAAGGGAAAAGUCAACCCUACUUGACAUCCUUUUGUCUGCUUGCCACCACCACACUCUGAAUUUAACUCUGAACAUAUUGCAGAAAAUUACUACAUAUGUAGGCUUUUAAGAACCAGGUGUAGCCUUAGGGAAGUGGGAAGUAGUAUUGGUACAAGAUCUUCCAGCAUUGUGUUGCUCCCAAUAUCAUUUCUUACUUCCCUAAGGCUGUACAUGGUUCUCAAAACACCUACAUAUGUGGCAUUUUCCCCUCUAAUAUUUAUUUUUAUAGAUGAUUUUAAGUGGUAUAAAAAUGUUGUUAAAUAAACAGAUAAUAAAGUAUAUCAUAAGUUUGUCAUGGCAACAGAGCUAAGAAAGAUCACCAUCCAUUUUGGUAAUAAGAAGUGCUAAAUAAGUUAGCAGCCAUAGCAAGCAUUCGUGUUGCCUGGACCACAGAAGAAGAAAAGUGGAGGUGCAAACUAGAAUUUUCUCAUGGGAUGGUGAGGCAAAACCACAUGCUGAAUUUUAAUAGGUUAAUGCUUACUAAAUGCAGACCAGGCCCAUCUUUAUAGGUGGAGUAGAUCUGCCUUUGUUCUUUGUGGUAAUAAACUGUGUCUGAGUGUCAGUAGUCAUCUUUUGUGCUCUGUUCAUUCAAAUAUUUGGAGAAAGUAGUUAGUGCAGACUCAAAAGGGGCUGCCCCUUAGCCUGCCUAUGAAGUAGUCAUUGAUAACAUCUGUUGGAAUACAGCACUCCUGGACUGUCUACUCCUUUGGCAAUCACUCGUAGCCGAGUAAGAUUGUCUUCCAUAAGCACAGUUUUAACGGUGAGUCCGUAAGUGACUGUGGAGGCCAAUUCUGGAUCCACACGUCCUUCCACAGUGGGGACAUUGGUUUCCAGGUGGGAGUUGAUCACAGUGUGGAUUUGCCAAGCGUGCCUUCCUCAUAGCACGUUUCCCCCUUGCGUCCUGAGUUCGAGGACUCUGCAGCCUUCAUCCGCCUUCACAGCCAUUGUAACAUACUGCUUGUUAUCGUCUGCCUGUUCUGCCAUUGAGGACUUCUUCGAUCAUUCUUUGUCUAGCUCCUUCCCUUUGACCUUACCGCCUUCGGUGACCCUGCUGGGAGUGUGAGAUUCCCAACAGCUUCACUCACAAGGGUCAUAGGAACAUUCAAGCCCACUCACCAUGACAAGGUGAUGAUCCAGCGAGUGGGUCCUGGACUGUACCACUUCAGAGCUAUUUGGAUAAUUAUUCUCCUUGGGUUGCUUGUGGGUUUCCUGCCCCUUAGAGUUCCCCUCCCCAAAAGUUUUCUGUAGUUCUGCAAAUCUUGGGUUUCUCGUAAGCCUGUUGCUAAUUACCUCUUGUGGGGUGGUGAGUCUGUUUUGCCGACGUAAGCAAUGGCACCUGAACAUCAGAAAUAGAAUGAACCUGCAACAGCAACAUUUUGCAGUGCUGUAUAUUUUGGUGUUCAUGAUUAUAUCCAGUCACCCAUGCUCUUCUCUGUGAUACUGCAUUCCAUUUCCACCCCACCCACCCCAACAGUCAGGAUUCUGUGGCCAGGCCAUAAUUGAAUAUGCUCAGUCUUAUUGGGUAGUUUGUUUUGGGGAAUUCCCUUGGACUUUCCCUCCUGAAGAUUGCUCUUUAUAAUUCUGCAUACAAAACUCGCCUCUUGCAAGUGGAUAUUGACACUUUGGCUACAGAAGGACUGAUACUUAUAUCUCUAAUUUGGAAAGAGAGCCUUAAUUCCUCCCCUCAAUCUCUUUCAACUCAGACUUGCUAACAUAUCAGAAAUAAUAAUAAUAAUAAUAAUAUAUUUAUACCCCGCCCAUCUGGCUGGGUUUCCCCAGCCACUCUGUGAAGCUUCCAACAAAAUUUUAAAAAUACAAUACAACAUCAGACAUUAAAAACUUCCCUAAACAGGGCUGCCUUCAGAUGUCUUCUAAAAGUCAGAUAGUUGUUUAUUAUUAGUUAAAUUGUAUGCCCCUACACCCACACCUCAGCCCACAUAUUAUAAAUCAGCCUUCUCCAAGUGAUGCUCUCUAGCUGUUUUGGACUACCACUCCCACCAACCUCAGCCAGGCUCAUAGGAACCAACUCCAAGGGGGUGAGGUCCCUUCGCCCCCCAAUAAAAUAUAUGAGCCCCCCCCAAGUUGAUGGCCAUUACCAUUCAAAUGAUGUGUGUGCUGAGCCUUGUGAUUGAUUAUGUGGGGCAGGGUUUACCUGGACCCCCCAAAAUUUUAUUCAAGUUGGCACCCCGGCCAGAGUGAUGGAAGCUGAAUGCACCAUGUUGAGGAUGAUUGUUGGAUAAUUACCAUCCAUACAGAUGCUCAGAUGACUGUGUUUCUCAUAAAGCUAACCUGUCUUUUAUGUAACCAGUAAAACAGAGUUUUAUUUGACUUUCAUUCAUAUAUAUUUUAAAAGACGUCUACUGUUGCUAGUUUGCUGUGAAAUUUACAUUGGGUUCCCCCCAUCAUCAUCUACAUUUGUCCUUUUGCUUUUGCUCCUCCUUUUAACCUGCCAAAAGCAGUCUAAGUAAAUUGAUGAUGAUGGGAACUUUGGGGCAAAUCUGCCUGCCCACGUGCACUCAAAUAGAGGAAUUCAACAUGGUGCUAUGUUUAUCAUUCUGUCAGGGCAAACAUAUCGCUUUGCCAAACAGAACAAUCCUCUCCUAAACGUGCUGUUCUGGGGUUUUGCCUGACACCACCAAGUCAAUUUUGGAGGUGCAGGAAACAAACAGGGAGAUGAGGGGAGAAGCCCCUUAUGCAAGUGGAAGGCCAAGACUCAGUGAAUCUUGCCCAAAAGAAUUUGAUCUAAAUUUAAUUGAAGUUAAUAGAAAAGGCAUGAAUCCAAAGUAUUCUAUAUACACAACCAGAUGCUUCUUCCUGAACAUCUGUUCAUGCUUUGUUGGAGAGUGCUCCCAAAAGUCUUCCACAUUUGAGAUGUGACUUGUCAGUCAGGAAGAAGGUAGAACCUCUAAAGGGGGGGGGGCUUUUCAUCCCAAAAGCCACAUCCCCUUGUGGAAAACCUUGUGGAGGGCACAUGCAAGAUCCAAAGUGUUGGGGGUAGAGGGGAACAGUGAUGGUGAUUCUUACCUUUGCAUCCUAGGCUACACUCCAGCCACACCUAAGUCAGGGGUUUCUAUAAGCAAAUAACUCCAUUCAGGCAAGGAAGUGGCAUUUUCACAGUACAAGGGCCUGUUCCAGCCAGGUUAAAACAUUCAAGGAGGGUGUGGAACAGCACUAGUGAGGGGUGUGGCCUGCGGAGGGGUUGUGGUCUAGGGAGAGUCCUCAGGGUCAGAAAGAAGGACCUCCUGAGCUUGAAGUUCUCAACCAUUUCUCUAAAGUUUUGUUGUGAGCAAUGCCAGCAUGUUGUCCUUUGGCUUUGGGGCAAAGUUAUAACUGAAGGUCAGUGAGAGAAUGAGCUGAGCAGUUGUCUGAAGAAGGGUGAUAAAAAGGCUGUGUGUUUCUACUAGUUCACUCAGCAAGCAUUCUCUCCAAUACAAUCUGAUAUCCCAAGAACAAUCGCUUCCGUUUAAAGAGGAGGAAGCUGCUGUCUGAACAAGUGUGAAGAACACACAAGGGUUGCUAACCUUUUUGGACCUGUGGCCACAUUUGCAAGCUGGGGAAACUGUUGUUGGCCACUGAAACCUCACUGCAACAAAGCACUCCCCACAACCUAUUCUAAUCAUUACAGAGUGUCAUCAAUAUGCAGAUGACACCCCAACUCUAUCUCUCUGUUCCAACUGAGUCAGGAGAGGCAGCUGAGGUGUUAAACCAGUGCUUGGAGGCAGUGAUGGGUUAGCUGUGGGCCAAUAAACUGCAGCUGAAUCCUGAAAAGAGAGAAGUGUUAUGUGUCCCAAGUCUCUGGAAGGAGCAGAUCCAUAUUCUGGGAGCGCUCCUUGAUUCAACACUGUCAUUGGAGUCUCAGGCGGCCUCUGUGGGUGAAGGGUGACUUAUCAAUUGGAAUUGUUGUUGUUGAGUAUGGGACCCUGUGCGUGCCCAGGAUGGUGUAUGCAAAAAAAUUCACUAAUGAAAUUCUUGGAGUUGACUUACUUUUAUUUUUGUUAGUAGAUUAAGACAUGGCUGACUGAAAUUUCUAUGGUCACAUGAGCAUGAUCUCAUUUUCAUCUAAUGUUUGCUUUCUGUAAAAAUCUCUGGUGUGAAUAUAAAGAUAUCUGUUUGCACAGUGCAGGGCUUUUAAAUAUGCAGCCAACAUGAGGACAGGCCCAUAAAAAAAUCUGCUUGUAAUCUGAUGCAUAUAUUACAAUAUAGAUUUAGGGAGUUUUUCACUGACUUGCAUUUCACAUUCAUGAAUAAAAUGAGAAAUUGUUCUUGUUUUGGCUGUUCAUUAUACAGAUGCUUGCAAAUUCAUAUUUACAUAUUGCAUUCCCUAGUAGUGAGAGGUGCAUGAAAUGCUUUGGUUUAAUUGAAGAGGUGGCAGUAAUGUGAAGGAAAAUAUACAGGAGAGGGAAUGGACCUGUGCAAGGACACUGUGGAAUCAAAUUCUUACUUUUAAUCUGUAUAAAAGGUAAAGGUACCCCUGCCCGUACAGGCCAGUCGUGUCCGACUCUAGGGUUGUGCACCCAUCUCACUUAAGAGGCCGGGGGCCAGCACUGUCCGGAGACACUUCUGGGUCAUGUGGCCAGCGUGACGAAGCUGCUCUGGCAAGCCAGCACCAGCGCAGCACACGGAAAUGCCGUUUACCUUCCCGCUAUAAAGCGGUACCUAUUUAUCUACUUGCACUUGGGGUGCUUUCGAACUGCUAGGUGGGCAGGAGCUGGGACCGAAAGACGGGAGCUCACCCCGCCGCGGGGAUUCGAACCGCCGACCAAAUGUAUAAUCUGUAUACAUUUUAGCAAUAUGAAGGCUGAUGAUGCAGACUUUGAAAGACAUAGAUGGGUUUCUGUGAGCUCUAUAAGCGGGGGGAAAUUAAGGUGAACAUUGCUCUGACUGUUCUUUCUUGUUCCACUUCUAGGUAUCCUUGGAGUUCAGCACUGCUGCUUUUCAUGUUCAGGUAAUUUAAUCACCACAGUGUUAUUAGCAGCACAACCAUAUGCUUGUCUAGUUAGACAAUGAGACUUAGGCUCAAUGAGACUUACUCCCAGGUAUCAGGGAGUAGGGACUAUUUAGUACAGUGGGACUUCUGAGGGUUUUGUUUGUUUUUGUUUGUUUUUCAAAGCAUAGGAUCACUAUGUAAAGCAGCUAUUUGCUGGUGCAUCCCACAAAUCUAUUACAUAUGAACCAAAGACUUGCAGACGAAACACCCUAUUUUGAACCGUUACAUGAAAUUCAGCCCUCCUCCAGCUCUUCUUACCCACCAUACACAUCCUUUCCUGGACAUGGGCCUUAUUUUCACAUGUUCCUCCUGUCUCCUUCAGAACCCUAACCCUGAGUCACCCACUUUUCCAUCAAACCACAUUCAAUAUUCAGAAUAACUGGUCCUCAUGGUGUUCAGUUAGUCCUUUUAAUGCACAUGUGCUGUUUAUUCAAGGUGAAAGAAUGGGAUGAAAAAGGCAUGGAGAGAUGGAAAAGCCACCACAGGCAGAAACGAGAAUGGAUUAAAUUUGCUGCAGCCUGUAGAGAAGGGGAAGAUAAUUCAAAGAGGAAUCCAAUUGCAAGGGUAAGUUCCAAGCAAAUCAGAAGAGUUCAAGAAUUACUAAGGCAAACUUGUAGAUUACCAGGCAAACAAGGCAGAGAUCCUCCCAUGUACUGACUAAGUAGCAAAGUCCACUGGGCUUAAAUAAAUGACUCCGCAGUUUCGGUGUGCGAAACUUACAGCAAAGAUCUGAUAAAGGUUGAUAAUGAGAAAAAAGGUAAAGUACCAACAACUGUUUUUUUACAGUCUAGGAGCUUUUUUUGGAAAGUGUGGUGUCUAAUUCACACACACUCUCUUUAAAAUCAAGGUUAGUUGUGUCACUAGGACUAAGGGUGCAUGGGCAUAGCCAGGAUUUUUGUUAGGGGGCAGGCUUUUGUUCAGACUUAUAUUGUUUUUUAUUGAUUGGGGGGACAGCUGCCCCCCAUCCCCCUUUGCUAGGGUAGGAGUCAAUUAAGUGUUACUCAGUGUAGGCCUACUUUAAUCCAUUCAUUUCAGUCGAUCUAUUCUGAGUAAAAUUUAGUUGACUUGCUACCGUAAUGGUUUGUAACAAGACACAGUGCUGGAAUCUGUUUCCUUCCUCAAGGUUGAGUCCGGGGGGGGGGGGGCAGAAUAAUGCUAACUAAAAGUGUCUCUCAACAACUCUGCCCUCCCCCUAAAAAAAAGCUCAAGAACUCCAACCUCUCCUUUAAAAAGCUCAGCAACUCUCCCCCACUCCAAUGACAAUGGGUAGAUCACUGCCAGUUGUUUUAUACUGGGAGUAGAUCGCAGUCUCUAGGGAGUUGGCCAGGCAUGCAAUAAAUGAUACACUGGCUAACAACCUGAAGUUGCAGCUGCUGGCAGGAGAAGACCCUCCACAGAGUUCCACUCCUGCAGUGCAAGGAGCAGAGGAAACUCUUGUCUGUUCCCCCAUUCUCCUACAACUCAUUGUGCCCCUUCAAUUUGCCCUGGAGGCUUGGGGGAUAUAAUCAAAGUUAGUGCUACCUCCCCAUCCUCUCCUCUCAUGCACUUAUAUCCUGGUUUCACAUUUUGAUGAUUAAGCCAGAAUGAAACCACAGUUUGCAUUUUGGAGAUAGCGGGAAACCAUGGUUUAAAGAAACAACAAUCAAAAUGUCAUAGCUGGCGUGUGAGGAGAAAGGGGGAUUAGAAGGAUGGGGAUGACACUGCAGGAAUGACACUUGCUCCUAGGUUAAUAAACCAUGGUUUAUUAAGCCAAGGUCUGCAUCUAAACCAGCACCAAAGUAUGCCAGCUGCAUGAAACAAGUAGCAAAAACUUACUCCCCCCCUUUUUUUUGUUUUGUUACUACACUGAUAUGAGUAGGCCAUCUCACGAGAAUGUUCCUUGAAUGUAGAGCCAUUUGUACACAUUUAAAUAAAUACAUAAGUAAAUCUAGGGUUGAGAAAAACAUAGCUAAUUUUUGUUUUUUGUUUUCUUUUGCAGAUCCGAUCAGAUUGUGAAGAAACUCAGUCACUUAUAUACAGAAUCUCUGGAGUAGGAAUUGAUCAGCAUCCUGUUGGAGUGUUUAUCAUUAAUCAAAAGACUGGAGAAAUUAAUAUAACAAAAAUAGUAGACCGAGAGGAGACACCAAUGUUUGUUGUAAGUACUAUGUGUUUGCAAAACUAUAAUGUUUUUUCCCUCUACUACUUAGAACUAGAAUAUCUGUCCAAGGCAGUAUGCUUCUGAAUGCUAGUUCCUGGAAACCACAAGAUGGGGAGAGUGCUCUUGAACCCUGUCCUACAUGCAGGCUUCCCGCGAGCAUCUGGCUGCCCAUUGUGACUAGACUAGAUGAGGCUUCUGGACUAGAUGAGUCACUUGGCUAAUCCAGCUGGGUUGUUCUUACAUCCCUUAACAUCGCAGAUGCAUCUGGUGGGAACUACAGGGCCUUUUAAGGAGCAACACAUACCGUAUUUUUCCGUGUAUAAGACGCCCCCAUGUAUAAGGUGACCUCUAUUUUUUUUAACCCAAAAUUAAGAAAAUGCACUAUGCACUAUCCAUAUAUAAGAUGACCCCUUAUUUUAAACUUCAAAAAUUUAGGAAAAAAUAUAGUCUUAUACAUGGAAAAAUAUGGUAAUUUCUGGGACUCCUUUGUUGUAGACUAACGGUGAUGAUUUUAUAACAUAAGUGACUAUUGGACAAUUAUUAUGGAGGUUUUUUAUUAUUCAUUCUGCUGUUAUCACUCAUUUUAUUUUUAGUGCUGGUUUUGUUGGUUAUGCUUGCUUUGUUGUUUCUCACUGGUAUUCACCUUGAAAGGCAGACUGUAUUUUAUAAUACAUUGUUGUUAACAUUAUUAUUAUUAUUAUUAUUAAUCCUGCAGCAUUUUUAAAUUAGAUUAAUUGUUUUACCUAACAAAUGAAUGGUUUUGGGUAUUUUGAAUACUACAUACUCCUUCUGAGUUAAUCUUUGAUUUUUUUAUUAUUAUUUCUUAAUGCAGAUUAAGUGCUUUGCUAUAAAUGUUGUGACUGGACAAUCAGUGGAAACACCACUUGACCUUCGAGUCCGGAUUCUGGAUGUAAAUGACAAUUCACCCAUAUUUACACAAAGUGUGUUUUCAGGGUCAAUUUCAGAGGGCAGCAUGGACAGUAAGUACAUUACAAACACAUUGUAGCCAUUUCUGCCACUGGAUAAAAUAAGUGUGGAUCUAUGUUUCUCAUCAUGUUCCAUUUCAAUCUGGGAUUCCUCACCCAUCCUCAUUCAGUUGCCCUUUCCCCAAUUCUAUGCACUUCUACUCAGAAUUAAGCCUCAUUGUGUUCAAUGGGGGCUGCUCUUGGGUGGGUUUAGGAUUGCAGGCCAAAACCCUGUGUCUGUAGAGUAGGGAUCUGGGAAACUGUAGUCCCUCCAGGUGAUUGCUGGACUACAACUCCCAUCAUUCCUCAGAAUUGGCCAUGCUAGCUGAUGGGAGCUGGAGACAUGGGGGGGGGGCAGAAGUUCCCUGUCCCUGCUUUAGAGAAAUAACCAAAAUGAUGCCUUUUAAAGGCACAUCAGAGUUUGCUACAUUUGUAGUGCAGCACAUUAGCAGAGACUGGGGAACUUCAUUGAAACACACCUAACAUUUUGAAAAAUACCUUCUGUCCUGCUCUUAGUAAGCAGAGAGAUAUUGGAGAAUUCACAAAUUAUGGCAUCCUUACAGUUUUAAUAAACUGAAGUGCAGCUCUUAAGGUUUUUGUUUGAGUGGUCUUCUCCUUCUUUCCAGACACAUUGGUGAUGAAAAUAACUGCUACAGAUGCAGAUGAGCCAAAUAACCUGAAUUCCAAAAUUGCCUUCAAGAUCGUGAGUCAAAAUCCUGGAGGUCCAUCAAAGUUUAUUUUGAACAAACAGACUGGAGAACUUCACAUUGCAAAUAUCCUUGACAGAGAGGUAAAAAUACAUGCAUAUGAGUCCACUGCUUUUCCUGAGAAAUACCGCAGUUUGUAUGCUAGGGGAAAGAGCUAUUCAGGACUUAAGAAAGCUUUCUGAAAAGUCAGCACAAAAUAACUUGCUAUAUAUUCAAGAAAAGAAAAUCAGCCAGGGGGAAAAAUCAGAAAGAUAAGGUGGGUUGAAGGGACAGUUAUGCAGAAAGCUGUAACCUUGUGCAUGCUUACCUGGGAGUAAAUGCCAUUGAACUCUGCAUCAAAAUUGAAUGAGAUUGCAAAAAAUGAUGUCAAUGAAACAAUGACGAACAAGACACUUAAAAUGCUUCAUAAUUUUUCCCAUUACAUCACAUCAUAGGAUCCCUCCAGACAACCAGUUUAUUGAGAAUUCGUCCUGAUUUUCUUGCACAAACCUUACACGGAGGUUCACUUAUAUCAUCUCUUCUUUAUUCAGCCAUUAUUCUUAUUUGUUUGCAGGGCUGUUAAAUGAAAAUUCAUCCUUACACUUUUUAAUUCACUUCCCCCUUCACUUUCAAGCACAAUAAGUUAGAUUCUUUUUUAAAAGGGGGGGAGAGAUUUGUUUACUAGCCCUUCAGUCCGCUUUAAUUGUGCCAACCUAGAGUUCAAGUACACACCCAAAUCCCUCCCACAAAAUAUGGUCCAUGUAAAACAUUUUCCACGAUGAGAUUAAAAAGCACUACAAUGUAGAAGUAUGCUUUAUCACUAAUGUGAAUGUUUAAACGUUUGUCUUCCUUCCUUCCUUCCCCUCACUUUUAUAUAGGAACAUGCAAGCUACAGUCUGGUUGUGAGAGCCACAGACAGGGAUGGCGGUCCAGAUGGAAUAUCAUCUGAAUGUUCAUGCGAGGUUUCUGUAACUGAUGUAAAUGAUCAGUUUCCAACGUGUGCACAGAGCUCGGUAAGCUAUUGACUAAAGCAGUAUCACCAGCAAAAAUCAAUUCCACAUUCUGCAAUACCUUCCUGGAGCAGGAACUAGAAGAGCGGUGUUCAAGGGUGGGUUUAUAUGCCUUUGGAAGUAGAAAUGGAAGCAGUCCAGACUAUCAGCCCAGUUUCUACUUUCCCUUCAAAAAAAUAAAAUGAAUGGAAAAUGAAUCUGUAUUUCACUGAUAGGAAUACCCUACUAAUGUCGUAAAACCUGUGAUAAUGUUAAGCUGACAACUAUUGAGGCCAGACUUCUCCAAGCUGGGGAUGUUGCUGGACUACAACUCCCAUCAGCCCCAGUCAACAUGGCUGGGAUGGUCAGGGAUGAUGGGAAAUGCAAGUCCAACAACAUCUGGAGGGCACCAGGUUGGGGAAGGUUGUUUUAGACCAACUCUCAGGAGUUGACCUUUCAUAGCGUGUUCACACAAAAUAAAGGAUUUUGCACAUAAAAACAUUUAGCGUUUCGACUGCAUAUCUAAAAGAAUAGGUAUACAGUAUAUUUCUAAAUAAAACAAAGGAAAAUAAAGUUUAAUAGUGAUUGCAUGCUUUGAAACCAUAUGAUUUACAAACUGACUUGUAAUACAGGAAAUGAAAUACAGAGUUACAGUGGUGCCCCGCAAGACGAAUGCCUCGCAAGACGGAAAACCCGCUAGACGAAAGGGUUUUCCGUUUUUGAGUUGCUUCGCAGGACGAAUUUCCCUAUGGGCUUGCUUCGCAAGACGAAAAUGUCUUGCGAGUCUAGAGAUUUUUUUUUCGCUUUUCCCCCCCUUUAUCUAAUCUGCUAAGCCUUUAAUAGCCUUUAAUAGCCUUUUAGCAGCUAAUCCCCUAAGCCUUUAAGCCUUUAAUAGCCGCUAAACCGCUAAUAGCGCUAAUCCGUUAAGCCGCUAAUAGGGUUGCUUCGCAAGACGAAAAAACCGCUAGACGAAGACUCUCGCGGAAUGGAUUAAUUUCGUCUUGCGAGGCACCACUGUACAUGGAAGAGAGCUGAGAUUGUCUACACAUACUAACUGAUGAUGGGCAGCUUCAAGGUUCCUGCUGCCCGUCUUAUGGAUUAAAAUCAUAUGGCAGAGAACCAAAGAAAAUAAAUAACUAGGAGGGAGGGAGGGGAGUUACUCUAUAUUGAGCUGCUGAGAACAACAAAAUAUGCAAAACAAAAAAUGGAUCAGUGGGAUUACCAUAGCAAGCUGAGUUGUGUUUUGAUUCAUUGCAUUUAUUAUAGUUUAUUUUUUCCAAUUAAAAAAAUAAAAUAAAGUCCUCAGUGUGCUUCAAAAGGCAAAAAAGGUAAGGUAAAGGACUCCUGGAUGGUUAAGUCUAGUCAAAGAUGACCAUGGGGUGUGGCACUCAUCUCGCUUUUCAGGCUAAGGGAGCCAGCGUUUGUCCACAAACAGCUUAGUGGGUCAUGUGGCCAGCAUGACUAAACCACUUCUGGCACAACGGGACAUUAUGACAGAAGCCAGAGUGCACAGACAUGCCAUUUACCUUCCCGCCACAGCAGUACCUAUUUAUCUACUUGCACUGGUACACCUUCAAACUGCAAGGUUGGCAGAAGCUAGAACAGAGCAAUGGAAGCUCACCCCAUUGUGUGGAUUUGAACUGCCGACCUUCUGAUCAGCAAGCCCAAGAGGCUCAGUGGUUUAGACUACAGCACCACCUGUGUGUGUCAGAGAGAUCUUUAACCUUCUAAAAACACUUUCCUUCAGCUUGCUGUGGUUAUCCCAGUCACCCAUAGAUUGUUGUGCACUAUGCCAUAAGUAAGCAUGAUACUCUUUCAUUCCGUACAGCUAAUUGUAUCCAUAUGAGUGCCAAAUGAUACAUAUCAGAUCAUUAGUGUUCAUAGCAAGUUUGAAAUGAGUAGCAGCCAUGUGCAAACUGCCUUUCGAGUUAGUGGGAAACCCAUGCAUGUGUGUCAACAAUUGUUUUCUUUCUUUUCUAGUACGCAAUUACCAUUGUAGAAAAUACACUCAAUCAAGAGGCUCUGAGAAUACAAGUUUUUGAUUUAGAUCAAGAGUAUACAGAUAAUUGGUUUGCAGAAUUUUAUUUUAUCUCAGGAAAUGAAAAUGGCAACUUUGACAUAGUUCUAGACAGAGCAACUAACGAGGGUAUCCUGAGAGUUAUAAAGGUAUGAAUUUUCCUAUUUUCACUGAAAGUCAAAUUCUGAUCCCAUAACUGUUGAUUGAAAGUAGAGAAUAUCCACUCUUUUUCAUAUUGUCCAAGAAACACAGAGCGAGAGAUAAUUGUAGUCUCCCAAUAAAAUAAGCUAGAGCAGGGGGUGAGGAAACUGGGGCCUUCCUGAUGUUGCUGGACUACAAUUCCCAUCAUACCUGCCCAUCAAACUGAUGGGACAUGUCCAGCAACACAUGGAGAGCCACAGGUUCCCCAUCUCCAGACUUCAGCUUUGCUUCCCAAUUGACUUGCUUUAUAUAGUGCCUUAAUUCAUCUCUGUGUUGUGCACACAUCGAGUGUGCAUGUUUGCAAAGGGGUGUCUACACAAUCAGCAGUCCUGCAUGGAACAUGGCUACAUUACUUAUCUGCCGACUUCCACACAGUGAAUGGAUGUAGAAGGUGUGAGGUCAGUGAUAUGCAUGAUUCUAGGGGUGAUGUCAGCGGUUCUCCCCAGAAUUUCAUGCUGCUCCUUUGCAGGUAUGAUAAAGAGCCUAGGCUAGAAAUGCAGUUUUGCCACAUGUAUCAGGUUCUUAAUCAACCACACAGGACUGUGGACUGACAAUGGCAUUUCAUGUUUCCUGCAUUUUUUGUGUCAUCUGUCAACAUCUGUGCUCUGUCUGAAGCACAUCUGGGGAAACUUCCUGAUUCAUAUGUAAUCUAUGGAAUUUAUUAAACAGAUUUUAAAAAAACAGAAUGAUCAUAAGAUCGUUUGACUGCUUUAUUUGGAUUUGACUUGUAUGUGCUGGCUCUCCUUUUCGCUGCAUUCAGCUUUUCUGGAAGAGUCUUGUUAUGCAAGCAGCAAAUGAUUUUAAUGCAAGAUACUUUCCAGCAAAUGGCUUUCUAACAAUAAAAAUGAUAUGUGUAUGAUUUUACUAUCCAUAAAUGGAUGUGCAUAAUACCUUGUGUAAAGGACCAGAGAACAGCAUGCAUUACAUCCUGUUUCUUUCUUUGUUUUAGGAAAUUAACUAUGAAGAAUUUUCAAGCAUACCACUGAGUAUUGGUGUGCGAAACAUAGCUCCUUUCCAUUCUUCAGUGGCUUCACAAUAUCAAUAUUCAGCGGCUUCUCAGGGUACCCCAAUUACAGUACAAAUAACCAAUGUAAUGGAAGGACCAGCAUUUUAUCCAACUUCAAUAAAAGUGUCUGCACCUGAAAGCUUAACAACUAAAACUAUACUUACCUAUGACGUUGGAACAUUCCAAGCUAUUGACCAGGAUACUGGGAAAAUUGCCACUAAUGUCCGGUAAGAUAGGCUUUGUUUUCAGGAUUCUUCUUUGUAGCUCACCCCAUGCAUUCAGACUUAUCAGAGUGUGUGUGUGUGUGUGUGUGUGUGUGUGUGUAUUCAGUAUAAGCAGGACUCCAUCUUUGCACUCACACAUAGACAUGCAUACACACAGAGAGAGAAAGCAAAGGCUCUUUUUUCCCCAAAAGGAUGGAGGGUGGGGGUCUGAUCUCGCCACUACUUUUAAUUGUUUUCCGAGAUAUGGAGGGAAGGAAAAGGGAAAACUGGGAUAUUCCGAGAUCAAAUCAGAAACCAGGAUGGCUUCUAUGAUUCUGGGACUGUCCCUGCAAAAUUGGGACAUUGGAGGGUCUGCAUUUAGUAUACAAUAGGUGACCUUCAAAGAUGAUCUUUCUCUGCUCUUUAAACUGCGUUUGUCAAAAAUGAAUUGUGGCUAUUAUAUCGUUGAUUUUUAAAGGAAUGUAUUUACAGUUCUGAAUUUCAAAUGUCAAUGUUUUGUGGAGACGGAAACUUCCAAAUGACUGUGAUAUAAAUAAAUCCACUAAUGGUACUCAUCUAUAGGCCUCUGUUGAGGCCUCUGUUGAAAGAAUAUUAUAGUUUACCUACAUUCAAACCUUAGUAUUUAGUCACAACAAAUAUUUGCUGCAUGGUCUAUCCCAGUGGUCUUCAACCAGUCUAGACCCAAGAAACAUCUCUGACUCCUAAGCUUCCAGCAGAAGAAAGACCCAUUUUCACUUUUGAUUUAUACUUAAUGGUGCUAAUAAUGCACAUUAUUAAUCCUAAAAUAGCAAAUCACAGAGCAAUAAAAAAUAGUAUUAUCUUAGUAUGAAAACCAAUGCAAGGCAGAUGUUCUAUUAUGGCCCUUCCCAGACAUGAGGAGUUCCUUGUGACAUGAAAAUUGGAGACUCAUUAUUCUUACCUACAGUGAUUGUGCCUGCCUGGUAUAGCAGAAGUAGGAACUCCACAAUCAGAGGUCUUCUAGAUUGAGCCCACCCCUGCUCACGACCGUGCAGGACACAGUUACAGCACCCAUUACAGAUGGCUGCUGAAGUACCUUCAGCAAAGUCUUGUCACCUCUGCUCAUUCUGCAUAAUAUGUGGAACCAAAACUCUUAAGAUACAACAAAAAGGUUUGCUCUCACAUAACAGUAUUUUCUCCUAUUAAACCAAGCAAAUAAAAUCAGUCAGUUUGUGCAAAUGUAAGCACUGUUACAUCUUAAAAUGAAGCCCAAUUCAUUUCUGCUAAUCAAAAACAGCUACGUCAUGGGACGUGAUCCAGCCGCCUGGUUUCGAGUCAACCCAACAACUGGCGCCAUCUCUUUCAACAAAGUGAUUGAUCGGGAAUCAAUCUAUGUAGUCAAUGGGGUAUACUCUGCAGAGCUGCUAGCUAUUACUAGAGGUAAGAAAAGAGCUGGUUUUUUAAAUAUAAUUUUCCUUGCUAUUUACAGGAAGUCUGCAACAGCUUGAAGAAAUGCAAUUCUGCAAAUUGAGAUAGUUCUCCCAACUAUCUCAUAGUCCAUUUUGAGCUAGUGAAGAAAGUAGCCUUUGUGGGUUUCAAAUAGCUAAAUAUACAAAUAUUCCCACUUCAACAACUGCACCCAAAUGUUGGUGUGGUAGUUUCAAAUCCACACAUGAAACUGAUUCCCCAUAAAUCACCUCUGAAGACUCCACACUUCUUGAGUUCCUCUUUGUGUAAACUCUCUUCUGUCUCAGCUUCUUCAGCUUUCAACAGUAGAAACUGAAAGCGCAAAAUAAAUGCAUGCUGCUCAGUCAUGCAACAGAAUGUUUACAAAGGUACCCAUAUUUUCAAAUGAAUGGAGGCACAAACUGCCGCUGAGGGACUUUUGAGGCUUUGGAGCAGGCAUAGGCAAACUUGGACCUCCAGAUGUUUUGAGACUACAAUUCCCAUUAUCCCUGACCACUGGUCCUGUUAGCUAGAGAUGGUGGGAGUUGUAGUCCCAAAACAUCUGGAGGGCCAAGUUUGCCUAUGCCUGCUUUAAAGAGAUACAGGGCUCUACAAGAUUUCUCCUACUGGCAGUUCAGUGCUGCUGUUCAGUGGUGUUGAUCUUGAUAUCCAAGGAUAUCCUGUUUAAACUAUCCAAAUUAUAAGAGGCAUGUAAACUAUCAUAUGUGAACUAGUACUGAUCAUAUAAGAAGCAGGGGCUGGAUCAGACCAAAGACCCAUCCAUUCCAGCAUGUUGUUCUCACAGUGGCUAACUAGAUGCCUACUGGAAUCCUAGAAGCACUCUCCUCACUUGUGGUUCUUAGCAAAUGUUAUUCAGAAGUAUAUUGCCCCUGAUCCUGUUUAAAGAAUUGAGGCUGGUGACUAUUGAUAUAUUUUGUGGAAUCAAAUUCUGUAAUUCUGCUGUGUGAAGGAUUACUUCCUUUUGUUACUGAAUCUUCCAUCAUUCAGCUUCAUUGGAUGAGCUCAGGUCCUAGAAUCCUAAGAGGCUCUAGAAUCCUAAGAAAGAAAAUGUCUCUCUAUCCAUUGCCUUCAAACCAUGCAUAAUUUUCUAUACCUCCACCAUGUCCUCUGCCCUUAACUUGCCAUUUUUUAAAACUAAAAAGACCCAAAUGUUGCAACCCUUCCACAUCAGAGAGUAGUUCCAGCUCCUUGAUCAUUUUGGGUGCCCUUUUCUUCACCUCUUCCAGCUUCAAAAUAUGAUUUUCAAGAGAAAGUGACCAGUGUACAACACUUCAAGUGCAGUCCCACUGUGCAGCUGUAUAGCAGUUUUAUUUUCAGUUCCUUUGCUUAUAAUCCCACACAUUGAAUUCACCCUUUUCACAAUUGCCACGCACUACGUUGGCAUUUUCAUUGAAUUAUCCACUAUUAUCCCAAGGUCUCAUUCCUGAUCAGUCCCUGCCAGUUCAAACCCUUUUAGCACAAAUGUCAAUUAAGGAAUUCUUGCCCUCAGUGUGCAGAACUUUGCCCUUACAUUGAAUUGCAUUUAUCAUUUUAAUGCACAUUUGCUCAGUUCAGAGAGCUCCUUUUGAGGCUCCUUGCAAUCCACCUUUUUAAUUUCAUCAUCUUAAACAAUUUGGUGCCAUCAAUAAACCUGGCCAUCUCAUUGCUCAACCCUAACUCCAAGUUCAAGUUUUUUAAAAUCACUGUUCCCAAUCCCUUGGGAGAUACAGUUUAUUAUACCCCUCCAUGGUGGGAGCUGCCUGUUUAUUCCCACUCUCUUGCUAACCCAUUUGUGACACAAAAAUGUAGUUUUUUCUGAAACUGGAAAUGUUCCUGCUUGCACUGAUACACCAUUACUGGGACUGCCUACAUUUAUUUUUACCAGUUUUCAAAUGAACACACUGCAGGGUAAUGCAGAAUCAAUCUGCAAUGAGAUUUUAGUUUCAAAAUGAAACCAGUUUCUCAAGAAGCACUUUUGAGGACCAAAAAGUAUCCCAUAAAACUAGCUUGUGUGUGGACAAUGUACUAAGUCUCCACUGAUUCUAGAAUAAAAUGCUGUCUGCAGACAGCCUUCCCCCCCCCUGCCCCCACCGCUUUUUAUCCCAUUAUCAGCCAUUGAGUACGGUAUUUAACAGCUGUUUAACUUCAAACAAUAAAAUCAACCACUUGUUUACUUUUCUGAUUUGUACAAAUGUAGUUUUGCCAUGCUGUUUGCUUACCAGGAGUAUUUUUCUUCUGCAACAUAGACUAGUAAGAUGCACCUGAUUCCACCCACCCACCAUCUUCAUAUAGAUGUCUUUUAUUACAGACAGUCCUUUCACAACAGCUACUGGUACCAUUGUGCUUACUAUUGAUGAUGUCAAUGACAACUGCCCUACUGUAACAGACGAAAUCAGAAGAGUAUGUGUGGACAAUCCAACAGCGGUAAUCACAGCUCACGAUCUAGAUGGCCAUCCAUAUGGUCCACCUUUUAAAUUUACAAUAGUGGCACAGUCUCCGGGAAGUUCGUGGAACAUCAGAAUAGUGAAUGGUGAGUACAUUUAUAUGUAGAGAUCACCUUGCCAGUCAAUGCUUGCCUGACUUUCUAAGCUGGUUUACCUUCCAACACCUCCCUCCUAUCCCUGCACCAACCAUUUCUUUGUAUGGUAAGUUUGUAAGAAUCGGUGUGCUUUCUGGUCACUCUCAACUUGGGCAUGUGGGAAUCCUACACAACAGUUUGAGCAGGCAUCCCCAACCUUCGGCCCUCCAGAUGUUUUGGACUACAAUUCCCAUCAUCCCUGACCACUGGUCCUGUUACCUAGGGAUCAUGGGAGUUGUAGGCCAAAACAUCUGGAGGGCUGCAGGUUGGGGAUGCCUGAGUUUGAGCAUCUGGGCCACAGGAAGGGAGAAACAUCUAUUGAGUUUGUAGCAAACAAAGACAUUCAGACAAAGGCAUGGUGCAACUGUGUAAUGUUAUGUAAUUCAGCUUCAAUAUAAUGCAAAUGUCUUGCAGUAUCUGUAAUCAAUUAAAGCAUCCCUGAGAGUGAGCCUUCUUCAACCUCAUGUCCUCAAGGUUUUGGGACUGCAUUUCCCAUCAUCCCUUACUGUUGGCCACGCUGGCUGAGACUCAUAGAAGUUGUAGUCCAAAACAUCUAGAGGGCAGGUGUGUGAAGGCUGGGGAAGGCUGCUCAAAGCAUUUGCUAGAGGAAUGUUCUCCAAGCAUGACCAUCAAAUAACCCUCUCCUGCUCUCUGGCUUCUCUGUGAUCAACAUGAAUGUAGCUGUUGGGUACCUGCCCCCAUUCACUUUUAUCAGUUGAUGGCCAAUUCUUACAAGACAUUGCUAAUUAACUUCAUCAGCCCAGGGAAUGGGAGGGUAAGCAAAGAGAGAAGUCAGUGGCAUAGCUGCACUGUGCUGCAGGAAAGAAACUCAAAUGUGCUUUCUGAAUGCACCCAGAUGGGUUCUGAGGUUUGUAUCCUACAUCGCACAAGAUUAGGCUCCCAUCAGCACAUGGAUUUCUGCUUGCUCAUCAGGACUUCCCCCUUCUUCUUACCCCCACAUGCUCCCUGUGCCCUCCCCAGCUUUGCUCCUGAGGGUUGACAGAACUCCUAGAACAGAUUUAGUGAACAUCCAUAGGAAGGAGAGGGUGAGGAAAUCCCAUUGUGCAAGAGGAAAUCCUAACGCUGACAGCACACUCACUCAGCACUAUGUUGGAGGUGACCCUGAGAGAUUAAUGUAGUCUAGGCUGCCCUCAUAAGGACUGCUAACUUUAUUUAGGAACAUGAACUUGACCCUGAGCAGAGAUUCCAAAGCAGAAUUCUUAAUCUAAAUUAUUAUUUUUGUUUCUUCCCUCUCCCCGCCCCAAACAGAUACCUCAGCAGCACUGUUCUCCCAGGAUAUAGAAUUUGUCAUUCAUGAGGUCCAAGUUAGAGUGUUCGACAACAGUGGCAGAAGCUGUGAUAGGCCACUGGUUAUUCCUUUGCAAGCCUGUCAUUGUGACCGCAAUGGGAACUGUGUCAAGUCUGCCACUCGAAGAAUCACUGUUACUAUUAUUGGUGGUGGUGCUGGUGGAGGUGGUGGUGCUGGUGCUGGUGGUGCUGGUGGUGCUGGUGCUGGUGGAGGAGGAGCAGGAGGAGGAGGAGGAGGAGGAGGAAUGGCAGGAGGUGGAACAGGCGUUAUUGGUGGAGGUGGCCAGGGAGGAGUCAUUGGGGGAGGAACUAGUGGAGGAGGAAUCAGCGGAGGAGGAACUGGCUGGGGAGGAAGCACAGGGGGAGGAACUGGCGGAGGAGGAACUGGCGGAGGAGGAACUGGCGGAGGAGGAACUGGGGGAGAAGGAACUGGAGGAGGAACCGGUGAGGGAGCAGGCACCUGGGGAGGAACAGGAGGAGGAAGAGAUGACGGAACAGGAGGAACUGGUGGUGGCACUGGUGGUGUUAUUGAUUAUGGUGACGGUGGCACAGGUGGUUAUGGUGGUUAUGGUGGCUAUGGUGGUUAUGAUGGUUGGGGCAGACAAGGAGGCGCAGAAACUACACUUAGUGCUACAGCCAUUGGCCUGAUGUUCCUCGGAGGACUAAUAUUUGUGUGUAAGUAUUCUACUGAAACUAAAUUAACUAUUUCUGUUUUGUUUGUUUGUUCUUUGGAAUUCUGUGUGUUUUUUAAAAGGGAACUAGACCGCUGAUCUUUCUUAUUUAAUAUUUUGCUAUAACAUUAUUGCAUUAAUGAAAGCUGCUCUGUGCACCUUCCCAUGAAAUGAGGAUUUUUGACAAGAGGAGAGUUGAAGAUUUUGGAGUCCCAUUAACUAUAUGUUUAUGUUCACACACUUUAAAAUCACAACCUAGCCUUGAAGGAAGUAUCAAGUGCUGCAUUUAACACAGAAAUGUGUGCUACCAUAGCUUAAUGCACAAGGCUAAGCAGAGGGACGCGGGUGGCACUGUGGGUUAAACCACAGAGCCUAGGGCUUGCCUAUCAGAAGGUUGGCAGUUCGAAUCCCUGCAUCAGGGUGAGCUCCCGUUGCUUGGACCCUGCUCCUGCCAAGCUAGCAGUUUGAAAGCAUGAAGUGCAAGUAGAUAAAUAGGUACCGCUCCAGUGGGAAGGUAAACAGCGUUUCCGUGUGCUGCUCUGGUUUGCCAGAAGUGGCUUAGUCAUGUUGGCCACAUAACCCGGAAGCUGUACGCCGGCUCCCUCGGCCAAUAAAGCGAGAUGAGUGCCACAACCCCAGAGUCAUCCGCGACUGGACCUAAUGGUCAGGGGUCCCUUUACCUUUACCUUUAAGCAGAGUCAAUGGCCAAAUAGCUGUCUUACUUGUUUCCAAAAAGCCUUAAGAUGCCUCAUCAACAGAUAGUUCUGGGUGCAGCAAUGAAAAUAUAGGAAGUAGCCUUGUGCUGAUUCAGACCAGUGCUCCAUCUAGCUCGGUACUGUCUCUACGCUGACUGACAGUAGCAUUUCUGGGGUUUUAGGCAGCAGUUUUCCCCAGCCCUGCCUGGAGAUUGAUUGGGGAUUGGGAAUCUUGGGGAUUGAACCUGGGACCUUCUGCAUGCAAAGUAGAUGCUUUACCACUCAGCUAUGGCUCUUCCCAACUGCACCUGCAAAGCAGAUCCAGAGAUGCAUCAGUUGCCAUAGGAGUGCUGCUCAUGUAGCUGCCAGGGCAGCUGCUGUAUCAGCAAUGGGAAUGGUGUUAAACUGGAUCCCAGCACCAGUGGGCUGACUGGUCUGCUUGAAUCAGAGUUAUAUCCUGGCACCUAAUGCUGUCUCAGCCAUGCCUGUUCGUGUAAAGAAGGAUAAAUAGAAAUAAUGUGUUGUUCGUAAUGCUCACCAUUGAAACAUAAAAGUGGUUAAACAAAUAGAUUAAGAAAUAUAGAUGAUAAGAGAAAAUAAUUUAGAACAGUAAGAAAACACAAUUAAAAGGACAGUAAAUAGGAAACCAUGGAAAGAGUGGAAGGGAAGUAAAAGUAAAGAUAUAUAGUAAUUUGGAUGAAUAUAGAUAAGUUAUUAUUAUUGUAAUUCGUGUUUUAUAUAUAUGCUGUUAUCUUUCUUAUUAUUUUGUGCAUGACUGUAACAUAGUAUGUGUUGUCGACAAGAAAUAAUAGAAAAGUAAAUAAGAAAAAAGAAAGAAAGAAAGAAACAUAAAAGUGGUUAGAAAUCAAAGGAUUCUUGGUUCUGUCUAAUUUAAAAUUCCUCUUGGGUCUCAGAACUUAUCAUUCCUUGCAAAUUAAGUUGCGUAUUUAUAUUUGGAGACAAAUAUAUGCCAUAAUGCUUAAAAACGGCAUCAAUUUCUUUUACCUCUUCUAUUAGUGGUUCCAAUUCUGAUGUCACAGAGUGACUGUUGCGGCUAUUGUGGAUCUGGUCCUACUGGUGGCGUUGGGGCUGGAUUUGAGCCUGUGCCUGAAUGUUCAGAAGGAGCUAUUCAUUCAUGGGGAAUUGAAGGAGCACAGCCUGAAGACCGGGUUGGUUCAUAACUUUGCAGAAAGCUUUACAGGAUCUAUCCCAUUAUCAAUAUGAAGCCUCUAACACAAUGAUGGACCUGUCGGACUUCCUAGCACAACCAUUAUUGUCUGUCCCAGCUAUUCCAUUUCAACAUUUGUAUUCCACUCUUCAGUGUUUUCACUCCGAGCCGACUCCCAAGUAAUAUAAAAGCAACCAAAAUAAGCAUAGCAAAACAACAUAUUACUUGGUUGACUAUUUUCCUCCAUAUUGAUCUGCCCAACUGCUAGGAUCAGCUGAGGCAAGUCUCCCAGGCAGAAGCAGCUCACCAGGUGGGGUGGAACUGCUGUGCUAGCUUCCUGACAGGUGGGCCACUGUUGUUUACUGGGAGGGAGGAGCAAGGCAGCAGGGAGGUUGGUGCUGUAUCACCAUCACCAUCAUUAAAAUUUCUAUACCGUCCUUCAUCUGAAGAUCACAGGGUGGUUUACAAUAUAAAAACACAAAAAUACAUACCAUAAUAAGAAGCAAAAAUAAUUCUCCCCCCAUCCACCCCCAGUUUAAAAGGCCAUAGAUUUUUUAAUUAGCCAAAUGUCUCAGAGGAGUGUUUUUAUCUAGCACCUAGAGAUAUGUAACCAAAGCCCAGGUGAACUUCCCUGGGGAAAGCAUUCCACUAAGAGGGAGUGACCACAGAAAAAGCCCGUUCUCAUGAAUGAAUGAAUGAAUUUAUUAAUACGGUCACAGACCAGCGUCAACACACACAAUAUCACAGAUCAUAAAAAAAAAUAUAUCAGAAAUACAGAGGACAAUAUAAAUAUAACAAGGAUUUAAAUAUAAAAAAUUAAAGUUAAUUAUUAGCGUGCCCCCUAUAAUUAACAUUUGGGGGUUUGGUCAUUAUGGGAUACCACUUGCUUCCUGCGAUUAAUUGCAGACGCACAGAAUUUGGCUACAUUUAAUGUAGUCUUGGGAUUCUUGUCCUCCAACAGUAAUUUUAAACUAUGGUGUUCCGAUUCUUUCCUGGACUUUUGCAAAACAGGUGUAAUAAUGUUUUGCAUUAUUACAAAUAAUAAUGCAGCCCUCCAGACCUCUCACAGAGGAGGCACACUAAGAAGGGCCUCAGAUGGUGAUCACAGGGUCCAGCUCACUUCAUAUGGGGAGAGGCAGUUUUUGAGGUAGCGUGGUCCUGAGCUUUUUAAGGCUUUAUAAGUCAAAAGCAGCACUUUGAAUUGGGCCCAGAAACUAAUUGGCAGCUGGUGCAGUUGAGCCAGGAUUGGCAUUAUAUGCUCAAGCCGUCUUGCCCCAGUGAGCAACCUGGCCUCCGAAUUCUGCACCAGCUGAUGUUUCCAAACUGUCUUCAGAGGCAUCCCUAUGUAUAACAUGCUGCAGUAAUCUAAGCUGGAGGUUAAGAGAGCAUAGACAACUAAUGUUAGGCUAUCCUUGUCUAGGCAGGGGUGCAGCUGAAGCAGAUGGAAGGUACUCUGUGCCACCAAGGCCACCUGAGCCACAAGUGACAGCGGCAGAUCCAGAAGUACUCCAAAGUUGCAUACCCACUCCUUCAGAAGAAGUGUAAUCCCAUCACUUACCUGACCUCCUGGUAGGUGGGUUGCUGCUGCGGAGGGGGAGGGGCCAGGCAGCAGUGUCAGCCUUAUGCAAAUUGGCUCCCCCUCCACUGCCUUGUCCCACCUUCACUCCCUGUGAACAGCAGCAGCUCUGCUGCCGGGAGGUUAGGUAAAUGCUCCCACUCCAACCCAACAUCUGCUUCUAGUGCCUGUCUAGUUUCCCAUUAUGCUUGUGGUCCUCUGAAUCAAGCCAAAAACCUUGUAUUUACAUCUCUUUUAAAAAAUCAAUAUUUAAACUAGCUUUUUAAAAUUUAUUUUUACUCACUUCUUUUAGGAUGUUUCAAAUAUUUGCGGGCAAGUAGCAAAUACAGGCAUGGGCGACUAUGGUGACUCCUCAGGUAAGGCUAAACGGACAUUGUAAGUUCAGUAAAUAAUACUUUUCAUAUUUAUUCCUUCCAAUGGAUUUAUGGAGGGAUAAUACAAAAGGCUUGGAGAGACAGGGCAGCUUCAGAAGCAUAACCCAGCUCCACAGACUGCCUUCACCUACUAUAGUUUAGAUCAGGGUUUCCCAGACUUGGGUCUCCAGCUGUUUUUGUAGCCCGAAAACAGCUGGAGACCCAAGUUUGGGAAACCUUGGUUUAGAUCUUGUUAGCACCUCCAACGUUAACUGAAGUCCAUACCAUUGAAAUCCAGAGAUCAACAGAUGUUCCUUUCUGCAUAUGGCGUUCAUCCAUACAGAUAAGCUGCUCGCCGUGUGGCUUUCACAGAAGAAGAAGUAGAAGAAGAAGAGGAGGGGGAGGGGAGGGGGGAGAAAGAAACACCUAUACAGUGGUACCUCGGUUUACGAACUUAAUCCAUUCCAGAAGUCCAUUCUUAAACCAAAACCAUUCUUAAACCGAGGCCCGCUUUCCCUAAUGAGGCCUCCCGCUGCCGGUGCCCUUCCACCGUUCGGCUUCCAUUAAUAGACCGAGGUAAAGUUCGCUAACUGGAACACCUGCUUCCGGUUUUGCAGAGUUCGUAUACCGAAUAGUUUGUUAACAGGGCUGUUCGUAAACCGAGGUACCACUGUAUAUGAGCAGUAGUAGAAGCUAGCCUAUUAGGAUGCACUGCUCCAACAACUUCAAUCUGCCCUCAACCAGCCCCACUCUGCCUGCUUUCUUGAUGGUGGCACUGGCUGUCAGCUUCCUCCUCCUCAGUCUCAAUAUUAUCCUUGUAGAACUCAGAAACAAAGAGGAUGGGUGCAAAACUAGACCCUCUAGCACUACCGUAUUUUUCCAUAUAUAAGACUAGGUUUUUUUCCUAAAAAAUAAUGUCAAAAAUUAGGGGGCGUCUUAUACACGGAUACAUCUUCCCCAAUUUUCUUAAAUCUGAGUCCCCCAAAAUUGGGGGCGUCUUAUACAUGGGGGUGUCUUAUAGAUGGAAAAAUACGGUACCUUUUGCCUCUCUCCCUUCUGCCUAACCAGACCCAAGGGGCACCAGGCACUACUGCUUGCCCAUAUUAAUGGGGUUUAAAGUGGCUUGAAUUCAUCUCAGCAUUGGCUAGUAGGCCAGGGUGUUUGGGGGCUACAUAAAUCACCACUGUUCCUCCGAAAGCAUCAUGCAAAAAUAAUAUGGGUUGUUGUUGUUGUUUCUAAUUUUCAGAUAUCUAUGCAACUAAGUAUAAAGGUGGAGUGAGUACAGGAGUUGAAGAAACAAUCGGACUCGGAGCAGUUAAAGGCUAUGGAACGAAUGUUGAUUAUGGAACUACUACAGGCUAUGGAACAACAGGAAGAAAAGAAGCCUAUGGAGGGACCAUAAAAGAAUACAGAGAGAGUGGCGUGAAUAUGGCUUUCUUGGACAGCUAUUUUUCAGAGGUAACCCAUGUUCAUUUCUUUCAACGCAGGCAGUUUACUAAAUGUGCCAGUUUGGGACAAGUCCUUACCAUGGUUGUAUGCAACUGUCCUUGCCAGUAUAUGUAGGGCAAAUUUCAAUCCCAGGUAAACAGGAAUCUAUUCAGGGUCAGAGAAGUCCAAACUGCUUUUAUCCAAGUUGCUGAAUACAGUUGCUUUGGCAAAUUGGAGGGGUGGUGGGGAAAGGUGGUGAAUUUAGGAUGCUUUGCACCAAGUGUAUUUCUGGGUGCAGAGAAGUUAUACUUGCUGGUUGUGUCUGACCACAUCUGCCCCUGCCACAUCAUUUCCUAGGCACAUCAAUUUCUCCUUCUGCCCUCAACAUAAACUCUGCAUGCCUGACCUUUGGCUAACAGCAGAAGGAAUUUAUCUGAACAAAUCUAAUCACUCCAAUUGCACAUUUUUUAACCACUGAUAUUCUGCCUGGUGCUCAAUAGCAGUGCAUUGCAUCUCUUACUAAUAGAUUUAUUUUCUUCUCCAUGUUGAUCACAAGAAAGCAAGGACUUCAAUUCUGUCUUCCCCUUUCUUCAUUUUUAGAAAGCGUUUGCUUAUGCUGACGAAGACGAAGGCAGACCUGCAAAUGACUGUCUCCUGAUAUAUGAUCAUGAGGGUAUAGGCUCUCCUGUUGGUUCCAUUGGCUGUUGCAGUUUUAUUGGUGAUGAUCUGGAUGACACCUAUCUAGAUACACUGGGACCUAAGUUUAAGACCUUGGCAGAAAUCUGCCUGGGUGUGCAAAUUGAGCCAUUCCCAGAUACUGACUCAAAUUGGCCAUCUUUGCCCAAUCCUGAUCUCGAUAUAAGCCUGCCACCGCCUGGAACUACCAUCGUUGUUAAUACAUCUUCAACUAUGACUCCACCUCCUCCUGUUGGCAGCACGACGGUUGUUACUGAAAAUACCUACACAACUACUUCUGCUGUACAGCCUCCAAGGCCUGAUCCUAUGCUCCAAGGCAAUGUAGUGGUGACUGAGACAUAUACAACAGGGCCAACAAUGAAACCUCCUACAAUGAAUGUUGAUCCUCUGUGUGGAUCAAAUGUUGUGGUAACAGAAAGGGUGCUUGCUCCUGGCCCGGUCACUGAUUUGCAUGGCAUGAUAGAUAUUCCAGAGCUACCAGAUGGGUCCAAUGUGGUGGUCACAGAAAGGGUGAUUGCUCCAAAUGCAAGGAUACCCCCUUCCAUGAGUAUUCCUGACCUGUCUGAGGGGUCAAAUGUAGUGGUGACGGAAAGAGUGAUUCGACCUGUUGCAGGCAUGCAGGGCAAUUUGAGCAUUCCUUCUGAGUUAUCAGGUGGACGCAAUGUGGUUGUUACUGAAAGAGUAGUGUCAGGGGCAGGAAUGAGUGGAGGCAUUGGUGGCAUGAGUGGCAUGAGUAGCAUCCCUUCUGAGUUAUCAGGUGGACGCAAUGUGGUUGUUACUGAAAGAGUAGUGUCAGGGGCAGGAAUGAGUGGCGGCGUUGGCAGCAUGAGUGGCAUCACAGGUCAAAUGCUGAGUCCCGAUAAUCUCCUUAGCCAAACAAUAGGAUCCGCUUCUCCUGGUACGAGUCGAAGGCGAGUGACAAAAUACAGCACUAUUCAGUAUUCGAAUCAAUAAAGCCUCUUGCAAUUACAUAUUGCUGCAAAACUCCCUUUUUUUUAAGAGAGAGAUUUGCCACUGAACAAUGUUAUUAUUUAUACAUAGCAAAUCACAUGGGGGUGGGGAAGAGACUUGCCUGAAAACUUCUUAAAGCUAUGCAGACCAAAAAGGAAAUGCAGAAUCACUGCCAAUAUAGGACCACUCUAGCACCCUGCCCGCCCCCCAUCCACAAAUGGCAGUGAAUAUAAUGCAGGAGCCAAUGGCACAGACUUUUAAUACAUCAUUGGUGUUGGAGAGCAUUGUGGGUCCAUCGUGGUGCCUUCUUAAUGUCAUUUGCUAAAAACACCCUGUGUUUGCUCACCACAUUAUUCAAUUGUUUUUACCAGCCUGGAAAGGAAAUGGAAUUGUGCUCAAGGUGACUUUUAGGAACAGCUCCCUUAGGAACACUGGCCGGACUGUUUCACUCAGUUUUGGAACUGCUUGGUGUAUUUCAUAGUGCUUGCAUAGAAUCUCUUCCAAGUAGUAACUUCAGAUGUAAUGCACAGUUCAAUUCUCUAGCUGGCAAACAUGAAGGCGCUAGGUAACAAAGUGAGGGAAAGAGGAAAGAAACAAAAUACAUCAACUUUUGUAUGACAGACUGAAAUCCUGUGUGAUAUCACAGUCAGAAUGGCAAACUCUUAUGAGCUCUUUUAAGGACAACACACAGCCCUAGCAGCAGAGGAUUCCAGGUUGUAUCUGGUUUAAGCAAAAUUAUUACAGGUCAUUGCAAUAUUGAUGAAUGAUGCACGUUUAAGACCCCAUUGAAUGCCAUCAGUUCUCAGAACAUAUCAGCCACUCUUUAUGACUUUGUAUAUGAUGAAUACAAACUCUUCCUGGCCAGCUACAGGAACCACUCUGGUCAUGAAACAAUUACCUUUCUGACAGUAUACAUUACCAUCCCUCUACUUAGUUUCCUAUAGAGCUUAAACUGCAUGGCAUACUGGCAGAAGGAACAACAUACUUGGGAAAAAAUGAUAACAAGCCAAGAGCACAGGUACGACUAAGCGAGCCUGUUGUAUCAUAUCUCGAAAGCAAAUUUGAUUAUUGAAUGGUUUCUCUCUGAAGAAACUUGCUCUGAUAAAUCUGUAUUUUGACAAAAGCUUAACAUCUCCGGCUAAAUAUUUGCUAUUACCUUUUUCAAGCUGCUGCAAAACCCUAAAACUGAAAUCCUAUGCCUGCCAUGGAGUAAAUCCCCACACUGAACCAUGGAUUACUUGUGGAACAAGCAUAAGAUUGCACUGCUACCCAAAUCUUUUCUAUGUUGUUUAUUGCUUUCAUGGAAGCUUAAAUGCACACAAAGCUGAGUCAAUAAAAUACUGAAAAUAUAGACUAUAUUGGCCAGGAUCCAAAGAGCUUCUUCAGGAACACCAAAGGGAACCUGCUUGCAUGCACCCAGAAGAAUAUUGGGCUUUUCUUUCUUUCGUCAUCAUAUCCCUAUGCUUUAUCACAAACUAACACUUUAUAUAUGAUCAUGAAGGUAAAGGCACAUCUGUUGGUUCGACUGACAGUUACAUGUUUAUUGGAGAUAUGGCAUAGGGUGCUUCACUGGGCAUGCAAAGGCCCUAGAAAAGUUCUUUGGGUUCUGGCUCACAUGCUUAGUUAUUUACCAUAUGUAAGCCGAAAGUAACUGCAGCAUCGACAACAUGCUCUGUAAUGUAAAUAUAUUUGUUCUUUUCAAUGAUUGUUCCCCCCCCCCCCUUCAGAUUAUAAUACUCUGUUCUCUUUACCUUGGAAGUGCCUUGAUUAUAUUUGGUAGACAUCUAAAGAAAUUUAAGGACCUUGGUUUUUAUGGCUGCUUAAAAGUGCUCCCAGUGUUUCGUUUCCUUCUGUUGUUUUAUAAAUGUGUGUAGUGGAACAGCCAGAAAAUGAAACGUUUCCAAUUAGCAAUAAUGAUGCCUUGGAUUAACCUCAUUAACUACCAUACCACCACUGUCAUGUCAAUACAGGAUCCAUUUCUAAUGAAGCUCCUGCAACAUUAUUUGGUCCUUAUAUUUGACUUUCCUUGUGUUACAAAGCCAUUCCACUUCAACCAUUUACUGGCUACUUCUCAACACAGAUUUUUAAAACAUCAGAAACAGAACUUAGUUUCUCUUUGUAUUUCUUUGGAUCUAUUCAGUUUCAGUAGCUUUCAGCACUUACAAGGGCAAAUGUUCACUAUAAAUUUUAGACCAGUUUAACUAUUAUGGUUUCACCCAAAGAAUCCUGGGAAUUAUAGCUGAGUAGGUGGCCUGAGAAUUCACUAUUAGAGCUCUAUGGCACAAAACUACUGAUUCAAUAAUUCCUUGUAGGAGCAAAUAUAUGGUCAUUGUGAGUGCAGUUAUGCCCACAGUCAGAGACCGUCACCAUUUUGGCAUAUUUCAAUUGUACAAGAUAGUUCCAUUCUGUCCGAAUAAUUAUGUUGUAUUUAAAAUAUUUAGUUGGCUAUUAAUUUUGAUUUGGAUAUGGUUACUUAUAAAUGUAAAUAACCAUUGCUGCUGAGCAGUCUUCAUUCAACCCACAAUUGUACACAUGAGGAAGCCCCGAAGAAGCUAAACUUCAAGGCAACUCUCUCUUUUGUGUGUUAACAACAAGGACUGCCAGUAACAAAUAAGCUUCUCUAAAGUAAGAAGCAUGCACUCAUUUGAUAAUAGACAUCAGCACAUAGGUGUUUUUAUUUUUAAAAACGUACUUCCUUACACAAUAUAUUUUAAGCUGGUCUAAAAUAUUAGUACCCUAGAAUUGCAUGGCUGUAAUUAGCACAGUCACUUUUCACUCUUCUCUUCAUGUUUAUUGAAACUACUGUCUGGGAAUAAAAAUAAUCCUAAUACAAAACCUUUUUUUAAUGAAAGAAGGGUUUGUUGGUUUGUUUUUGUCUGUCUAUAGUACGAUGCACUGAUACACCUUAGAAAUGAACUGUUUAAUACUUAGCAAACAUAGGCUUUAACACUUGCUUUUUCACUUAUCAACUAGCAAUAACAUUGCCCUUCAAGUACCUAAAGCACUUGUUAGUAAUAACCCCUAUUGCUGUUUUCUGCUGUGAUCGGGUUUUGUUUUUUGUUUUUUUAAGAAUUGCUUUGUUUGUGAGUAAACUACUGAAGCUCUGUGGUUACAAUAAACUGGCAAACAAGCUUAUAUUUGAAGAUGUAAAAUAAUAUUCGGUUUAAUAAAAACUUCUGGCCA